GUGGUGGUGUACCAGUAUUUGAUGAAAUUAUUAUUAGUACCAAUAAUCUAAAUAAAAUAAGAGAUUUUGAUCCUAUAUCUGGUACUCUCGUAUGUGAUUCUGGUUGUAUUCUUGAGGCUCUUGAUAGUUAUCUUGCUGAACGAGGUUAUAUGGUACCAUUGGAUUUAGGGGCCAAAGGCAGUUGCCAUAUUGGUGGUAAUGUUGCAACGAAUGCUGGCGGAUUAAGAUUAUUACGGUAUGGUUCUCUACAUGGCAAUGUAUUAGGAUUGGAAGUGGUGCUUCCCAAUGGAACCAUAUUGGAUAAUCUUUCUACACUUCGCAAAGAUAAUACUGGCUAUGAUCUUAAACAGUUAUUCAUCGGUUCAGAAGGUACGCUGGGUAUAAUUACUGGGGUUUCAAUUUUAACACCAAGGCGUCCCAAGUCGGUUAACGUUGCUGUAUUUUGCUUAAAUUCUUUUCAAAAUGUUCAAGAAGCAUUUAUCAUAUCCAAAGGAGAAUUAACGGAAAUUUUAUCAGCUUUUGAAUUUUGGGAUAUUCACUCGCUAAGACUGGUAAAAAAUCAUUUCUUUCAAGAAACAAAAUUUCCUUUAGAAGACAAAUAUCCUUUCUACGUUUUAGUUGAGACUAGUGGUUCCAAUAAGGAUCACAACGAAGAAAAACUUCACAAUUUUAUGGAAAUUUUAAUGGAAAAAGGAAUUGUCGAAGAUGGUGUUGUCGCACAAGACAAUACACAACUUCAAAAUCUAUGGUCAAUUAGAGAAGGGAUACCUGAAGCUGGUAGUAAGUCUGGUUCUGUAUAUAAAUAUGAUCUAUCUAUACCAGUGCCAGUUUUCUACAACAUAGUCGAAGAUAUAAGCAAGAGGUUAAAGGAUGCUGGUGUAUUUGGCAAGGAUAAACUUGUAACGGAUGUUAUGGGAUAUGGUCACAUUGGUGAUGGUAAUAUACACUUAAAUAUCGUCUCAAAAUCAUAUUCCCUUGAGAUAACCAAAUUGAUAGAGCCUUAUGUCUACGAAUGGACAGAAAAACACAAAGGAUCCAUAUCAGCAGAGCAUGGUUUAGGUCUAAUGAAAGCUGGUUGUAUAGGAUAUUCUAAAUCACAGAAAAUGAUCAACAUUAUGAAGCAGAUAAAACAAAGUAUUGAUCCAAACGGUAUCAUGAAUCCUUAUAAGUAUAUUUAUGAUUAA